GUCAGAUCGGACCGUGGUGGAGAAUACUAUGGUCGAUAUGAUGGAUCCGGAGAACAACGUCCAUGACCCUUCGCGCUUUACCUCAAAGAGUGUGGGAUUGUGCCUCAAUACACCAUGCCAGGAACACCUAGCAUGAAUGGCGUUGCAGAAAGGCGCAAUCGUACUCUUAAAGACAUGGUAAGAAGUAUGCUUAGUCAUUCUUCCUUACCGGAGUCACUUUGGGGGGAAGCUCUAAAGACUGGUGUAUACCUCCUUAAUAGGGUACCAAGCAAAGUAGUAACUAAAAUCCCUUAUGAGCUAUGGACAGGCAAAAAGCCUAGCAUUAGGCACUUGCACAUUUGGGGUUGUCCAGCUGAGGCAAGGCCUUAUAAGCCACAUGAAGGAAAGCUAGACUCAAAGACUGUAAGUUGCUACUUUGUUGGUUAUCCGCAGUACUCUCGAGGCUACAAAUUUUACAAUCCCACCUCACGAUCAUUCUUUGAAAUGGGAAAUGCGAGAUUCCUUGAGGAUAUUGAGUUUUGGGGGGAAGGAAACAUAAGGAAUGUUGUCUUUGAGAAAGAACAAGUCAUUGAUAGUGAUCAGAUUAUCAUACCUAUCACUAGUCCUGACAUAGUUAUGGAACAAGACAACAAUGAAAUUCCUCCUCCUGUACCACCAGUGGAACAAAAUCAACAUCCUCAAGAAGUGCCACUUAGGAGAUCCACUAGGGAAAGAAGAAGUGUGAUUCCGGAUGAUUAUGUCGUCUUUCUUCAAGAACAUGAGGAUGGCAUAGGCUUAAUGGAGGAUGAUCCUAUCAACCUCGCUCAAGCCAUGCGCAGUUCUAACUCUAAACAGUGGAAUAGUGCCAUGAAAGAAGAGAUGAAGUCCAUGUAUGACAAUGACGUUUGGGAUGUCGUUGAAUGCCCUGAAGGAGUAGUUUCGGUUGCUAAUAAAUGGAUAUUUAAAACCAAAAGGGACUCUAAGGGUAAGAUUGAGAGAUUUAGAUCACGUCUAGUCGCUCAGGGCUUUACUCAAAAGGAAGGCAUUGACUACAAAGAGACUUUCUCUCCCGUGUCUGCGAAAGACUCUUUUAGGACAAUAAUGGCACUGGUGGCUCAUUUUGAUUUGGAGCUCCAUCAGAUGGACGUGAAGACUGCGUUUCUCAAUGGAGACAUUGAUGAGACGAUUUAUAUGGUUCAGCCACAAAACUUUGUUGUGGGAGAUCCAAAGAAAAUGGUCUGUAAACUUAAGAAGUCCAUCUAUGGUCUCAAACAAGCUUCCCGUCAAUGGUAUCACAAAUUUCACAAAGUUAUUAGCUCAUAUGGUUUUGAGACUAAUCUUGUUGAUGAUUGUGUAUAUCACAAGUUCAGUGGGAGUAAAUUUAUUUUCCUGGUGUUAUAUGUUGAUGACAUUCUACUCGCCAGUAGUGAUAUAGGCUUACUGCACGAAACCAAGAAAUUCCUAACAAAGAAUUUUGAAAUGAAAGAUCUUGGUGACGCCUCUUUUGUAUUGGGUAUUGAGAUACUGAGAGAUCGCUCUCGAGGUAUUCUCAAAUUAUCACAAAAGAGCUAUAUCGAUAAUGUUUUGAGUAGAUUCAACAUGAAAGAUUGUAACCCAGCAAAUACACCAGUAGCCAAAGGAGACAAGUUCAGUCUCGCUCAAUGCCCUACAAACAAUCUAGAAAGAGCGGAAAUGCAGAAGAUUCCUUAUUCAUCUGCAAUAGGGAGUCUUAUGUAUGCUCAAGUUUGUACUCGUCCCGAUAUAGCUUUCAUAGUGGGAGUACUGGGCAGAUACUCAAAGGAUCCAGGUAUGGAUCAUUGGAAGGCAGUCAAGCGUGUGAUGCGCUAUCUAAAGAGAAUAAGGGAUUACAUGCUUACUUAUCAGAGAUCAGAUAGUCUGGAGGUCAUUGGGUAUUCUGACUCUGAUUUUGCUGGAUGCCAAGAUAGCAUGCGCUCUACAUUUGGCUAUAUCUUCAUGUUGGCUGGAGGGGCUAUUUCUUGGAGGUCUGCUAAGCAGCGUCUUAUAGCUCCUUCCACCAUGGCAGCAGAGUUUAUAGCUUGUUAUGAGGCAUCUGAUCAUGGAUUGUGGCUGCGAAAUUUUGUCACGGGGCUGCGUGUGGUAAACAACGUUGAGAGGCCAUUGAAGAUUUAUUGUGACAAUAAUGCAGCAGUGUUGUACUCUAAUAACAACAGGAGUUCGAUGAAGUCAAAGUUUAUCGAUAUCAAGUACCUGGUUGUUAAGGAGAGGGUUCAAAAUGGACAGAUUUCUAUAGAACAUAUUAGGACAGAGUCUAUGCUAGCUGACCCAUUAACCAAAGGAUUACCGCCUACUGCAUUUUAUGAGCACACUGCUCAUAUGGGCGUUAUUCUGGAUGAUACCUUGGUUUAGUGGGAGUCAUUUCGAUUUGUUCUAUAGACAUUGAUUUGUGACUCUGCAGAAUAAAGUGUUUUUUGUUUUUCUUCAGUUUUUGUUUUGAACCUUAAGGUGUUUAUUCAUAUUAUGCAAUUUUCUUGCAUGAAGUGCUUUUUUAUCUCACUAAAGUUGGACCAGUUGAAAAUAGGCAUGUUCAAGAUCACAUUACAUGUAAUUUUCAUGCCACUCAUCCAUAUUUGAUCUAUGUCAUUGAGUGUAUAAAUGUGGUGAUCAUGGUGGUUUAAUCAUUAUCAUAUCAUGAUUGAAGCCGCGUUGGUUCCACUGCUAUACAUGAGAUGGACAAGAUUGUUAAGGAAUAGUCAUUGUACAAAUAACAUUCGGACGCGCGCCUAAGGAACUUUGUGAUAUAAUUAUUUGCAUAAACCAUGCAGCCCAAGUGGGAGAUUGUUGGAAAUAUAUGUUCCACGUGAUGUGGGCUGUGGUUUAUGGAUAAUUGUAUUAGUUAUUUGUUAAAGUGGGCUAAUUAUAAGUGGUCAAAUUAUGGAGCCCAAGACUGCUCAAUAUCUUAUAUGAGCCCAAUGAGUGGAAACCAGAUACUAAACCUAAUUAGGGUUUUAUGGGAACCCUAGCUAAACAUAGUAUAUAAAGAACCUAGAGGUUGUGGUCCCCAAGACACCAAGACCAAAAUACACACAUAUUCUCCCCAUCAGGAAUACGUGAGGUUUCCCGUGAGUGGACUAAGGAGGCUUGGUUGAGGAAGGCCACUAAACUUCCCGGAUCGUGCUUCUGAGGUAUCGUCCGGUUAAAGAUCGUUCUAUAGAUUCCGCAUCAAGCUCACGACGAUCUACCAUCAUGAAUCCAGGUAUUUAGAUCUAUUCGCCUUUGAUAAUCUGACAAGAUGUAUUCUGGGGAAUUACAUAGGCUAAAGUUUAAUUCUAACAUUGCGACCUUUUGUAUCCAUUGGAUCAAUCCCUAGAGACAUUACGCAUGCUAUACAGUCCUGGCCAAGGCAGAAACCAGGCAAUUCGAAGGAAUGGUGCACGAAAUCGAUACUUCAUGCAGUCUGUUGGAGUAUAUGGAAGGAAAGAAACAACAAAAUUUUUGAAGAGAAAUCAACAAUAGAAGAGAUUAUGGCCUACAAAAGCAGUGUGUUAAUAGCGAAAUGGUUGAGUGUGGCAAAAAAAGUGGAUCAGCAAGUUGUGGAGGAUUGGCUGAGAUGCGUCGGGGCUCGUUUGCGUGGAAUAUCAGGAACAAAUGAACAUCCAUAAAUCGCCAGGGCCAGGUAACUAUGCAGCUGGUACAGGACAGAGGAAGGACUUUUCCAGGAAUGGCUUAGCAGCAUGAACCACAAUGAGAAGCAUUGUUGCUGCCACCUACUCGAGACUGCAUAAUAGCUUUGCUUCUUUGUUGUAUUUUGGAUAUCUAAACUUGAAUAGUCAUUCAUGGUUGCUCUAACCUACUAAGAGUAGCGGCUAUAAUCUGUAUGGGUAUCCUUUGUUUUUCUGCCUUGUUUUUUGUUUUUGAACUUUUCUUUCUUUCUAAUAAUAAUAUUGAGUCACCAUUAUAAAAAAAAAAUAAGAAAUUUGUCUCUUAAAUGGAUAUAUUUGUAUCAUUAAUAAUUAUUUAGUGUCAAUAUUUCGUGUUGAUGUAAUUUAUUUGUAAUCAUAAAAUUUAUAUUUUAGUAUGAUACCCACUAUAAUUUUAUGUAAGUUCUUAUACAAUAUCAAUGAGAUUUUCAGAUCAAUACGCUAUGCCCUCAAUCCAUAAAUUUGAUCCCUAAUGUAAGAACUUUAUACAUGUUGCUUUCUAAAUGUAUGAACUCUUAAUUUUCAAUAAAAUCUCACUCUUGUACUACUUGUUUUCUAUUUAUUUAUUAAUCUUCUAUAUUGAUUUAUUCCCAACAACCUAGUUUAGAGUUUAUACUUUGUUUUAUGGAUUUUUUUUUUCUCAUGUACAUUUCUUGCAAAGUUUGUAGCUAAAACUUAUGAUUAUGCGAUAAUUUUUUCAAUAUAUUCAACAAAUAAAAGUAUUCUCAAAUCAUUAAUUAAGUAUUGGAAAGGAAUAAAAAUAUCAUUAUGCAUGAUUAAUUGUUUGAUUGUUCUUUGAAAAAAUAGUUUGAUUGAAAUUAAGUAUGAUCUCCACAGGUAUAUCCAUUUAUAUCUGAAUAAUUUUUUUUUAAUCAUAAACGGGGUUCUUGCAAUACUGCCUCAUAAUAUGAAUAUGACCGAACUUAGAAGGCCUCAUAAUGUCAACAAAGUUUAAUAUCAAAUCUCAUAGCAUGGUCCAUGAAACUGUACCGUAAUAGCGAUCCAACCACAAAAUACCAGUAUCAUAAGCUAAACCGAUAGACGGUAUUUAACGGUAUUAACUGUUAAACUACGAUUAAACUACGAUUUUGCCAUAAAAUACACUACCGCUAACUAUUCAUGUACCAUCUUCGGCAGGGCCGUCCCAUGAUAUUUGGAGACCCUGUUUUAAAAAUGUAAAAUGUGGCCCUAAAAAAUUUUCUCCAUAAAUUUAUUAAAAAUUAGAAUAAUUAUAAAAAAAUGAUUAAGAAAGGAAUAAAUCUGGAUCACGUUUCUAGUUUGACCAAGAAAUCAAUACCAAAUUCCCAGCUCUAGUAGAGAGGAAAGUAAAUCUGGAUGGAAGAGAAAAUGGAUAUAGCGCAAAAAUUGAAUGGAGAAAUGAAAAUAGUCUAAAUUAAUCGAGAGGUGGGUGCGGAGCUGUCUAAUAGAUUGUGCAGGCCCAGUUCCAAAAUCGAGACGUGAUUCAAAUUGAGUUUUAACUAUAACAAAAUUAAAAUGAUUAUAUUACCAUUAUUCAACAUGUAAUAUCUUAAAAUAAAAUUAUCUAUUAUCUCUAUGAUUUUUGUAGUCUCCAUGAGAUAAUUUUUAUUUGUUAUUAUAGUUAUGAUUAUCUAUUAAACUCACCAUUAUACUCAUAAUCAAUCAAUCAAUCAUACACUAAAAAUACAACCUACAAUAUACGAUCGAUAACUAACGAAUUUAAGUAGAGGCCCCUAAUAUUUGGAGGCCCUGUGCCGGAGGGGGGACCGGCACACCCUCUAGGCCGGCCCUGAUCUUCGAUACGAUUUCAAGGACCAUGCCUCAUAGUCAUGUUCAGAAAUAAUAUGAAAAUUAAAAAAAACAGAAAGGCCUUUGUGAGUCAAAUAAUCAGCUACAAAAUUACUCUUCAUAAACACAUGGGAGAGGGUUACAGUCCACUCCCUCUCGAAAAGACUGCGAGAUUGGAGCACAAGGUUUACAUAGUGGCGCGACGACUCCUAGCUCUGUCGCUUACAUAAUUAAUAGUAUUGUCGUAGAUCCAUUAUUAAAACUUUGUCACAUCAACCAUUUCAAUGUUUAAUGGUUAAUCAUCCCAUUCCUAAAUUUUGAUUGCAUAUUGUUCAAAACAAUAUUUGUAUACUCGAGGGUUGGAAAUGUUUACUUAUUACGGGAAGGUGAGAUUUAUUUUAAUUUAUAUAUAUAUGCAAUUUAUGGUCAUUAUCUGGGUUUAUAAAGGGUAUAUCGACAAAUGAUUGUUAAUUUAUCUGAGAAAAUCUAAAUCCAUUUAAUUAAUAAAAGGUUUUUUGAGAU